UCAAGGAAGAAGGUUUGAUGUUUUAGACCUUAGAGAAAACAGGUUAAGAAGUUUCUCUUCGAUCUUCUUCAAUCCCCUCCAAUCGCGCGACUCGUCUUCUGUGUUCAAAGCAGAUGAGCUCUUCCUCUUCUUCCUCCCAGAUGGGUCAGCUUGUAGCUGACAAGCAUGUACGUUACAUUCUCAUGUCAGAAAAGAAGAAAGAGAGUUUUGAGUCGGUGGUGAUGGAUCAUCUAAGAAUGAAUGGUGCGUACUGGGGACUCACCACUCUUGACUUACUCGACAAGCUGGGAUCUGUUUCCGUAGACGAAGUCGUUUCAUGGCUCAUGACCUGCCAGCACGAAUCUGGUGGCUUUGCUGGAAAUACUGGACAUGAUCCACAUGUUUUAUAUACACUGAGUGCUGUUCAAAUCUUGGCCCUCUUUGACAAACUAGACAUUCUUGACGUUGGAAAAGUAUCAAGCUAUGUUGCUGGUCUGCAGAAUGAAGAUGGAUCCUUCUCUGGAGAUAUGUGGGGAGAAGUAGAUACGAGGUUUUCUUACAUUGCUAUUUGCUGUCUCUCAAUAUUGAAAUGUCUUGACAAAAUCAAUGUUGUGAAGGCAGUUGAUUACAUUGUUAGCUGCAAAAACCUUGAUGGUGGUUUUGGGUGCACACCUGGAGCAGAAUCACAUGCAGGACAGAUUUUCUGUUGCGUGGGUGCUCUUGCUAUCACCGGGAGCCUCCAUCAUGUUGAUAAGGACUUACUUGGUUGGUGGUUAUGUGAAAGACAAGUCAAGUCAGGGGGUUUAAAUGGUCGACCCGAGAAGCUUCCUGAUGUUUGCUAUUCGUGGUGGGUCCUAUCGAGCCUAAUCAUGAUAGAUAGAGUUCACUGGAUCGACAAAGCAAAGCUUGUCAAGUUCAUCUUGGAUUGUCAGGAUUUGGAGAACGGAGGCAUCUCCGACAGACCCGACGAUGCUGUUGAUAUCUUCCACACCUACUUUGGAGUUGCAGGGCUUUCCCUACUUGAGUAUCCUGGAGUGAAAGCAAUUGAUCCAGCCUACGCUUUGCCUGUUGAUGUCAUCAAUCGAAUUCUCCUAACCAAAUGAAGGCAUAUGCUUGCAGUGGUGUAUGACACUCAAAUGGUUAAAUAACAUAUGACUGUUCUUACUUUGUUCAUUGGUUUACUUAAGACGGUUUUAGAAGUUCCUUUUUAUGCAUGGUCAACUAGGAGAUUGCAAUCUGGGUGGAUUCAAGUGAUCUACUAGUGCAAGAUAUGAUGAUUGCAAUUCUGGGUCAAUUCCUUGAGAACUUUGCAAGACUCAACAGUCUUAAUGUUGUAUUACUUGUUGGGAGAUUCUUAAGGUUUCUAAUGCCAAUAGGAAUGAAGUUGUGUUGCUACAUUAUUAUCAUUAUAAAUCACAUUACUGUUUCUUUCUCCA